CUGCAGUGAAGUACGUCCCAUCAACCUACAGCAAAUACGCUAUCCCCUAUCUUCUCUCUGCCCCCACCAUCAGAAUCAACGGAACUGUGCUCCGCGUUGUCACAAUUUAAAGCAGAACAGAAGUAAAGGAUCGACUUUAUUUUUUUAUUCGAAGGAGCUCUCCCUCAGUAGGUUGCUCUUGCUGCCACCUUCUACAACAAAAUGGGUAUUGAAAGCCAAGACCCCCUCCCUCCGCCUGGAAACCUGUCCUCUGGUCAGGUGGGCUCUUUCCAGAAGAUGGAGCCUAAAACCCUGGGGGCUAUCCAGAUCAUCAUUGGGUGCUUGAUACUCUGUCUGAGCGUCUCUGUUCUUCAGCUCCAUGAAGUCCACUUCACUGGUGAUAUUAGGGUUUUCACGGUGGUUGUUGUGCAGGUCCUCUUGUCAGGAUCAGUCCUUGUCCAUGCUGGAAGAAAGCCCUCUCUCCUCUGGGUCAAAUGUCUCCUGGUGCUGCACUUGAUCAGCGCUGCUUUUGCCACUGCUGCCCUGGGCCUCAUGUCCAAACACCUGCCUUACCGUCAGGACUCCUACCACUGCGAACACUGUCGGAAAUUGGAGAUGCAUGCUGUGCAAUUUUGUUUCAGAAGAUGCACUGAGCUGGUUGAGAAACAGUGUAAAUACCUGAUUGACGGCAUCCUGGGCACACUGGUGAUCUUCUUGGUCCUCGAGCUGCUCAUCUGCAUCACUGUCAUGCUGUUUGGGCUCAGUGUGCUGGCCAAUGGUGGAACACAGGCGUCUGGUGAUCAACGUCCGGUGUAUCCCCAGACUAGGCCUCCGGCUGCCCCCACCGUCCAGGUGGUGCAGGCCUCCCCAACUGUGGAGGCUCCUGGACCUCAGGUGGCUGUUGUUGUCACCGAGCCAGAUUCUGAUCGGAUUGAUGAGACGCCCACCCCUCCUACUGAACCCCAGGUGGAGCCCAUUGAGAUCGAGGUGGAGGUGGCUUAGCGGCGAGCCCCCUGCUCUCCACGCAAACAUCUCAGGGGGAUCUGAGGGUGGGCAACAACAGAGGUAGACCUGAACCAAAGUAGUGUUUGUUUUAACAUGUCUGAUUCACUUAUAAAGUCACAGUGGAAGCCUUGUAAUAUCAGCAGUACUGUUUUUGAUGCAUCUGGGAAACGUAAUCAAGUACCAGCAAAGAAUGGAAAGACAACAAAUGCUGUUAUGAUCCAGGUCUGAGGAAAAGAAGCUAUCAGGGGCUAUGACAUGCUAGGGGCCAAUAGUAUUGUAUGGGCAAUACAUUAGUGUAGUCUAAUUUUGCAGAACAUGUGAUAGUUACUCAACAUUUCCUGUAUGCCAUGAUGCUGUUCAAUGCUUUAUUAUGGCACUCAAACCAGUUUUGCCUCAACAAGUAUUUAAGUUUAUUCCUCUUAUUAUUACUAUGUUGUUGGAGGAUUAACAUUACAGAAGAUUAUUGUCAGAUACAAAAUGGAUGCACCAUUGUAUAAUCUAGAAAUAGAUAAUACUGUGUUGUUUAGUAAUCACAUCCACUGCAUGUACUGGGGAGUGUACCUGAAGGGUUAAGCAGGUGAUAAUGUAGACUAAGUGUGUACUCUAUCGUGAGUAGGCUACUAUGCUACUUCUUUUGCAAUCACACGUUUUCACUGAUGCAAGUAAUCUAAGUCUUUAUUACUAACAAUGUACAAACACUAUGUUCUCCACAAUAUCUUAGAUUGUUUUUCACUGCUGUUUAAGUCUUUGAAUGUCAUUUUGAGUACCAACACAUGAAUGUAUUUGAAGUGAACAUCAUCACAAACACAGAUCACUUACCAAGACCAACAAUGGACCAAUCAUACCGUACACACAUAUUGCAGCACCAAUCCACGUGGAAAAGAAAGAAAGGAACACUCCAUUACUGAUUGUUUCGUUUAUUCGAAAUGUCACAUUAUUAUUAUAUGUAUUAUUAUUAUUCGAUUAUCCUAGGUUGUUGCUAACAGUGAUGACUGCAUGGUGUUAGAAUGAACAGCUGCUUUACACACUCACCAUCACUCACAGACAUAUGUUGGAUAUAGCAGUAGAUUAGCAGAUUUUCUGAACAGUAAUAUGGUUUAUGCUAACAAAGUAGCAUUUUGGCAGAUUUUAAGAUUUAAUGUUUUGUAUAUUUGUCGAAUAAUGAAGGAAAUACAAUGAUAGAACGUUACUCUUUAAUGGAUUGUGAUUUGUAUUGUAUUCAUACAAUAUUGUUUGUUUAGACCAGUCUCUUUUACAAUAAAUGAUAUCCUGUCAUACUAGAAAUAACAAGGUAACAUGAAUAAGAACCAUGCAAAACACGAGAUUAAUCAUUGCUGCUGCCGCAAAAUCGAAUUAAAAGACAUGGAUUAUCCUCUUAAAACCUCAAACAUCAAUCCAUCUUUUUCACUGUAAAAACCAUUACAGUUGCUGCUUUUCCUGUCAGUUUGUGCAUGGUGCUCCAACUCAUUGCCGCCACUAGAGAGCAGAAAUAGUAAAUGUUUAGAUGUAUCGUGCUCGACAUGGAUCUGGUUUUGUGAAUUGCUAAUGUGAUUAGACUGUUCAGUUGAUGAGUCUCAGUUCACAGAUACAUAAACUGUGUUGUUU